GGAGGGGAAGAGGGGAGGGCGGAGGAUGGCUGAGAUGUAUGGAUGUAUAGAAGUAUAUUAAGAGACCUUUUCUCGAUUCUUUUUAGAUUCUUUUGAUAUCACAUCGUCUUCUUUGUAUGCACUUGACAUAUAUUCGAAUUGCACAUAGUACCUUUACCAUUGCCAGCCAAUAAAUAAAUCAAUACCAUUCACCUCUACUACGUCCCUCUCACAAAGCAAACACACAACAUAACACAACCCAAUACACUUCAACCAACCAACCAACCAACCAACCAGAAAAAAUGAAUUCCCAACAAACAACCGCAGUCAAGGGUGGAACUGGCAGUGUCUCUACUCCAGCCAACAACAUCAACUACAGACGUGGCUCUCAAGAAGGCACGCUCUUCUCCGGACUCCAGAACCAGAAACGCUCGAGCAGUGAUGCGGCUUCGAAGGCGAGACGGGAGAGUUUUGCAGAGCAGGCUCCGAAGGCGGGGUUUGUGGGACAGAUGUGGAAUGCUUUUACUAAGGGGCAGUGAGUACGAAUAGAUGUUUGGCAGAUAGAUGGGGAGGGAUUGGGUGUGUGAAUGGGGGAUAUGCAUAUGGAUAUGGAUAUGGAUGUGGAUGAGUCGGCGAAACUAGCACAGGCGUCCAGGAAAACGAAUCUUCAAAAGUGUGGAAGAGGAGAUGCAAGAUCUUAUUACAAUGAUAGCGGGCAUUUGUUAAGUACUAGCGAUGCGGUGUUUGGGUUUGGAGAUGGGAAGAUGGGAUGCAGAUGGAGAUGUGUGAUAUGGAUUACUUGUGACGAGAACAUUUUUAAAUUUACAUGAAAAAAACAAUUUCAAAAUAUAUUUAUCCA